CCUCAGAACACCAGCAGCAGAUUGCUGAAAAGGACGAAACCUGCAAGAAAUCCUCAGAGAUGGUCGAGUCAUUGCAGACCAAAGAGAGGGAACUAACUGAAAAGAUGCAAGGCCUAGAAACAAACACACAAGAACUAACCACCAAGCAUCAAACUCAGAUCCAAGAACUACAUGAGACCUUCAAGACAGAGAGGGAACAACUUCUUAAGGAACAUGAGGAAAAGGAGAAGGAGGCAACAAAUAGGUUCCAGGAGAUGGAAGCAAAAGUACUAGAGUUGAACCAGAAAUAUGAAGCAGAGUUGAAGAAAUUGCAAGAAUCAUCACAGAGUGAAAGAAAACAGCUGCAGGAUCAGCUCUCAGCUAAGGAGGGAGAGGCCAACAAGGUGCAAGAGUUUGAGUUAAGAAUACAGGAGUUGCAAGGAAAGCAUCAGGAACAAACCAAAGAGGCGCAGGAUGCAUUCAACAAUGAAAGAGAACAGUUGAAAAACAGUCUUCAAGAGAAAGAAACAGAAAUCUCCACUAAGAUCGAAGAGUUUGAGACGAGAAUACGAGAACUCACCCAGAAGUAUGAAGCUGCAUCAAAAGAACUCCAAGAAUCCUUCAACAAUGAAAGGAACCAGUUAGAACACCAACUUGAGGAGAAGACAAAAGAGUCACUAAACAUUAAGGAGGGACUUGAGAACCAGCUUCAAGAGCUCAGCAAUAAAAACCAAAGAGAAGCAGAAGCACUUCAAGCAACUCACGAGUCUGAGAUGAAGAACUUGCAGUCAUCCCUUGAGAGUGCAGAAAGGGAGGCCAAGACAAGGUUGGAACAGCUGGAAGAAGCCUGGACACAGAAACUUCAGCAGUCUGAGAAACGGGAGGAGGAGUUGAAGGAAAAAGUCACCUUCUUGAUGGAGAAGAACAAGACUGAGACGUCAGAAAGAGAGGGACAGAUGUUGGCAAGGAUUGCCACACUAGAAGAGGAGAGGACCCAACUGCAGACUAGUGCUAACCAGGUACAGGCAGACCUGCACAGCCGGGAAACAGAGCUCACUGCAGCACAGGAACAGGCAAGCAGGGACCUACAGCAAGCUCAGGAGCAACACCAAGCAGCUUUGAGAAAGCUGGAAGACGAUCUGACUGAGAAACUGAACACAGCAAGUAAGGAGGCGGAGACUCAGAUGAAGACACUUCAAGAAGAACACGAGCAGUUGUUGAAGUCGAAGGAUGAGGAAUAUUCAAAGCAAAUUCAGGAGAUCAGACAAGAAGCAGAAGGGAAACAAGGAGAUGCAUCUGCACAGCAUGAAGCCAUCUUGAAAGAAAAGGAAGAACAGUUAACCUUAAAGCUUAGUGAGCAAGAGAAGGCCUGGGAAAUAAAGAUCCAGGAGAUUACGGAACAGAGAGAUGCUCUUUUAAGGACAAAAGAGGAAGAAUUCUCACAACAGAUCCAAGCAAUUCAUGAAGAAAAAGACAAACUGCUUCAAAACAUCCAGUCAGAAAAGGAAGCUGCCUUGCAGACCAAGGAAAAAGAAGUGGAAGAAUUGCUUUCAAUAAAAGAGGCAGAAUGGCAGCAGAAGGUAGAAACAGUCCGUAAGGAGGUUGAAGAACAUCACCAAACUCUUCUAAGGACGAAAGAAGAGGAAUUCUCCCAGCAACUUAAGACAAUCCAAGAAGAGAAGGAGAAGGCCCUGCAGGAUGUGCAGUCAGAACGGGAAUCAGGCCUGCAGCAGAAACAACAAGAGCUGCAAGAUGUGAUGGCUGCGAAGGAGGCAGAGUGGCAGCAGAGGGUGGAGGGGCUGGAGAGAGAGAAGUCAAAGGCUCUGUCUCAACUAGAGAAACAGCAUGCUGACGCUGUGGAAGCUCUGAAGGCUGAGCAUGCAAACAAGUUACAGGAAACAGUACAGCAAAUGCAGGCCUCGAUGGAGCAGCUCCGAGAGGAGCACUCCACACAGCUGGACCAACUGACCGUUCAGCACCAAGGACAGGUACAACAACUCCAGAGAGAGCAGGAGAACAACAUGGCUGAGAUGAAGAAAAACCUGCAGGCAGACAUGGAGGAACAGAAGCUGCAGUUGGAGAACAGAAUAGGAGAUCUUGUUGACAAGGAUUUAGAAUAUCAAGCUACAGUUAAGGACCUUCAAGGCCAGCUUGAGGAGAGGUCUCAGCAACUUCAGGGAACGAAAGACAAGCUUGGAGAAGCAGGAGCACGACUUAAGAAGCUUGCCAUGACACACAAGUCGUCGGUCAGCGAGUACCAAGAGAAGCUGGAGUCUCAGAAGGCUUCAUUCACCCAGGAGGUGGAAAUGCUGAGGCAGCAGAUCAAGGAAAAGGAGGAACAGGCCAAGCUUGGUGCUGAGGAGCUGCAGCAAAACCUGCAGAGCAAAGUGUCUGAGUACCAGCAGCAGCUGCAGGACAUUACGCAGCAACACCGGCAGCAGAUAGAAGAAGUUGAGACCAAGUGGAAGGCCUCUCUUGAAGAGAAGAGCGAGACAAUCUCAAAGAUGGAGAAGGAGGCAGAAAACUUGAAGAUGCAGUUCAAGGAGGCAGUCCAAAAGAUGCAGGAGAAGUUGAAGACCAGAGAGAGCACCAUCCAGGAGUUGCAGGACACGAUGAGUGGAAAGGAAAAACAGCUUGAAACUCUUCAACAGGAUGGCAGUGCAAAAGCUGAGGAGAUGGGAAAGGUGCAAGCUGAACUAGAACAGGCUAGGAGUGAGCUAAGACACUUGCAGGAAACUCAAGACCAGACAGCACAGAAGUUUGAAGCAGAGACCCAGAACAGCCAGACUAGGAUACAAGAGCUGGAAGCCAAACAGCAAACAGCAGAACAGAAGGUUUUGGAGUAUGUACAACAAGUGGCACAGCUAGGGGGGGAGUUGGAUCAGCUGACAGAACAGCUGUCAAUCAAAGAGCAGCAAAACUCACAGAAGUUUGCAGACCUUGAGAAAGAAAAGCAAUCAGAAUUAGAGCAGCGUGUCAAGGAAGUUGAAGAACAGGGCCAGGCCAAGCUCACAAAACUAAAGGAGAAAGCUGAGCACAGACUUGGGGAGUUCCAAUCCAAGGUCAAAAGUCUCCAGGAAGAACUCAAGUCCAAGUCAGAAAACUAUGAGGUUCAACUUCAGGGGAGGGAAACUAGAAUAGCAGAACUGGAAAAGUCACUUUCAGACCUUCAGCAGCAGAGUUUAGAUAGUAGUCAGGCAAGCCAGCUGCUACAAACAAGGCUUGUAGAGCUCACAACCGAGUGUCAAAACCAGCAGGAAGCUGCAAGGAUAGCUGAAGAGAAAAAGGUGGCAGAGAUCUCAAAACUCCAGGAAGAGAACUCAAAGGCUCUACAGGAGCAGGCUGCUGACUUGGAGAGCAAGGCAAAGACUCGGCUUGGAGAACUGAAGAAAAAGGCAGAACAAAAGAUUGCCAUGACUCAAAACAAGAUCUCCGAACUACAAACACAGAUGCAAACCCAGAAACAACAGCACGAGGUCACAGUGUCUGAAAGUGAAACAAGAAUAAAAGAACUGGAGUCAACAUUACAAGACAAUGCCAAUCAGAUAGGCACACUAGAAUCCCAAUGUAAGGAGAUCCAAGAUAAGUUAAAACAAGAUGCUGAAGAGAAAGCUAACUUAUUAAAGGAGUUGGAAGAAUUAAGGAGGACACAGGCUGAAGGUGCAACACAGACAGAAACAGAGAGAACCCAGCUGACAGAACAAUUAGCAUCUUUAAAGCAUCAGCUUUCAGAAAGCCAGGAACAGAACGAAGGCUUGGAAGAAAGACUUGCGGAAGCUCAGAAGAAAGUCGCAGAGUUCGACCACAUGAUGGAGUUCCGACAGAUGCAAUACGAUGAAGUCUCGCGAGAAAGGGACUCUCUGAAAGAGGAGACAGAGAAACAUCAGGACCUACUUCAGAAGCUUGAGACCAGUGAGAAUGAAAUAAGCGUCUUCACCACUCAGAUUGAAGAAGUCAAACAAGAGUGUGAGGAGUACAAAGAAGCCUUAGAGCAGAAGGACAAGGAGUUGUCUGACAAAGUUGCAAUGUUACAGCAGGAGAAGACAGAAGCCCUACAGACUCAAGCAGUAGAACUGGAAGAAAAGGGGAAAUCCAAUCUUGCUGACUUGAAGAAGAAGGCAGAACAGAGGAUUGCACAGGUGAAGAAAGCCCUGCAGGAACAGCUGCAGGAUAAAGACAAGAUGCUGCAGCAGCUGCAGGAGUCCCAGGCUACGGCUGCAGGCACGCAGGCUGAGGAGGUGACAAGGCUGCGGACUGAGCUGCAAGCUGCACAGGAGGAACUGCAGACUGAAAGGGGCAGACUGGAGUCAGAUAGGAAGUCUCUACUAGUUGACCUGCAGUCCAAACUGGAUGACAAGGAAAGCAUCCUGCAGGAAACCUUACGCAGCUGUGAGCAGCAGACCAAAAACAUCAUUGAGCUGCAGUCAAAGCUACAGCAGGCAGAACAACAACUUCAAAAUAAAGAGGGUCAGGAAACUGUCAUCUCAGAACUUCAAGCAAAACUGCAACAGUCUGAAGAAUUGCUGCAAAGUUGGGGAGGGCAGGAACAGACCGUCGCAGAACUGCAAGGAAAGCUUCAGGAGGUUUUGCAGGAGAAAGAAGAGCAGGAAACGAUUAUCACAGAGCUGCAAGCAAAAUUAAAACAGGCUGAAGAAUCACUUCAGGGCAAAGAGGAGCAGCAAAACCCGACCAUCGCAGAAUUGCAGGCAAAGUUGCAGCAAGCAGAAGAGUCACUGCAGAGCAAAGAAGAACAGCAAAACAUCAUCGCAGAGCUGCAGGCAAAGUUGCAACAGGCUGAGGAACAGCUGCAGAACGGCAAAGAGCCACAACAAGCUGGGGAGGUUGCAGUCACAGAAGUGGUACAGCAGAAGGUGGAGGCCUCCGUACAGGGGGCAGCACCUCCUGAGGCUGGUGGGAACAGUCUGGUGGAGAAGCUGAGGAACCAGCUGGAACAAACGGAGAAGACUCUAGAGGAGGUUAAGAAGGAAAAGUCAGCCAUGAAAAAGGAGGUCAAGACUAUGAAGAAGGAACUGGAAGACUUGAGGGCAGAACUCCAGUUUGACACCGAGACUCACGAAAAGGAGGUGAAUGAGAAG